AUGUCCUUGGACUUAAAGGGCAUUAUCACGCAGCUUGCAUCGAUGGACUGCAAGGUAGGCCAGCUGAUGGAUGGCCAGAGAAGAAACAUUGGUGCUGCUGCUUGGCAGGAGAGUAUGCUAGCAAGCUUGCCAGCCCUUGCCCCUUCGUCUCCUCUCCCUGUGCCAGCCAUGUCUGAGCAGGAAAUGGGCUCUGUGAUCUUGAAAAGGAACCUGAAGUCCAGAGACUCUUCUAUCAUUGCUGAGAAUAAGGCAAGAAGAAGAUGGAACGUCAAUGAGUGCAUUGACCAUCCCGAAAAUGUUGCACUCAUUAAUUAUCUCUGUCAGUACGUUCUUGCACAACCAUGUGCGGGAAAUUUCUGGUCCAGCAUGGUAGUAUCAAAAAUCCAAAAUAACUACAAGCAACACCAUCGCUCUUAUCACUCCACAAUGCAACAAGAUAUUCUUGCCCGUUGUACGCAUACGUACCUGACAAACUGGAGGUUGAUUGACAAUGAGAUGGGCCUUGAAGCUGGACUUCUUUCUGAGAUGUUGUUUCUCCAUCUCUUGCAGAAAGAUGUAAUGUCGGAUGGUGAGUCUGACAUGGAAGACAUGAACAUUGCAACUAUACAUGUGCUUCAGAUUAAGCGUCCCAGCUGGAGAAGCGAUGAACUGAACAAUUUCUUGGAGAUUGUUGACUUUGUAGCAGUACAUACUUGUUCAGACAAGUCGAUGUUGAAGUCAAGGGCAAGAAUGCCUAGACUUCAAUCAGAAGAAAAGAAUGUUGUUGUCCCUUGUCACCUGAUUUCGUUGCUCCCCCAUAGGCAAUUAAACAAUAUUUUUUUUGCUUCACAAACACACGCGAUUUUUGUGCUUGACUGA